UAUACGUGUAAGGAUUCUUUUCCUUUCCUCAAGCGCUUCUACGCCUCUCCAGUCACUCGCUUAAUCUGAUCGUCUCAAUUCCUUUUUGAGGAUCCACAUUCUUUUGAUAAUACCAGACCAUAGUAAUAAUGCUGUUUCGAUCUCUUGGCCUGGCCUCUGUGGCCGCCGUGGCCGCCCAGGCUGCUUCCGCCGACACUACCUGCACUGAAGGAACAGGCGCAGCUCCUCGUUAUGUCAUGUACUUUGACCAAUACCACACGGCAGGAAUUCCGGAUAAGUCCGUAACCUCGGGCGUUACCCAUGUAAUCACUGCAUUCGCCAACUCUUCCCUCUUUGCUUCCGAUCCUGCUGGCGAAUACAAGCCCUUCAAGCCCCUAAGCGAGGUCCGCGCUCUGUUCAACAACGGAACCAAGGUCUGCAUGGCCAUUGGAGGUUGGGGCGACACGGAUGGAUUUGGUCUCGGUGCUGCCACCAACGAGAGCCGUCACAAGUACGCUAUAAACGUCGCAGACACCGCGGUCAAGCUCGGAUAUGACUGUGUCGACGUCGAUUGGGAGUACCCAGGUGGUAAUGGCGCGGACUACGUCCAGAAGCCCAACAGCCAAAAAACUUCGGAGAUCAACACUUUCCCUCUGCUCUUGUCUGCUAUCAAGACGCAGCUGAAGCACCACAAGAUGGAGCUGUCCGUCACCGCCCCAGGUCUGAAGCGCGAUAUGAUUGCGUUCACCAAGCACCAGACCCCCAAGAUCAACGCUGCUGUCGACCACUUCACUGUCAUGACCUACGAUCUCAUGAACCGCCGCGACAAUAUCACCAAGCAUCACACUGACAUCAAGGGGUCUCUCGAGGCUAUCGACACCUACAUCGCUCUUGGCGUCGCGCCCGCCAAAAUCAACCUUGGUUUUGCUCUCUACGCCAAGUGGUUCACCACCGCGAAGGGCUAUAACUGCACCCAGGGUCUCGGCUGCCCCACCGAGCUCCUCGAGGCUGCCGACGGCACCGAUACGGGCAUGUCCGGAGCCGUAACCUUCGAGACCGCCAAUUUCCAGGCCGCUCCCACCAACCUGACUACUUCUCCGGAUGCUUCCUGCGGUGCCGGCACUUUCUACAAGUGCCCCACUGGUAACUGCUGCUCUCAGUACGGAUUCUGCGGUGCCACCGCCGCUCACUGCGGCAACGGCUGCCAGUCCGACUACGGUAUCUGUAACGGCACCUCCACCCUCUCUUCCUUCAAGACUGCCAUCGCCAACGGCAAGACCGAUGAGGUCAGCGGCGGCCAGUGGUACUGGGACCCCGCCGGUCCUUUCUUCUGGACCUGGGACACUCCUGCUCUCGUCACCCGCAAGUUCAACGAGAUUGCUAAGGCUCGCGGCCUGGGUGGUGUCGCUGUUUGGAGUUUGGGUGAGGACUCGUACGACUUCAGCCUCCUCAAGGCCAUUCAAGCCGGUGUCCAGGCUUGGUUCUAGGAGCAUUAGUGUAACUUGGAAUAUUUAAGCAUGUCUAGCAUACAUAAUUGAAGCCACAAUAG